AUGGUUAAUCCUCCGCAACCAAGACAACAAUCGCCUCGGGCGUCGCAUUCGCAAUUAUCGUCAAAGCAUUCACCAAGUAUUUCGCACAACCAAUCCGGACACUCUACUACUCCACAUAAUUUGCAUCUUCAUCACACUUCAUCAACAUCAACCACAAUAUCGUCAACAUCAACAAAUUCUUCAAUGUCCUCCUCAAAUCAAUCACUGCAUGGUCAUGCACACACAUAUCCACACGGCCAUAAUCACCCACACGUACACCCACACAACCAUCCCUCACGCAAGCCCUCAAUUGUCGAAUUGUUGAGCUCACCUCCUCCUUUACCUGUUGAUCAAGACGACUCUAUACAUCAUUUGAGUUUGUCGAGAAAUCCAUCAAUAAGCUCGAGAACCUCGGGCGGAUCUUUCAAUCCAUUUAACUCGGGAAAUGGCAAUAUUCAUAAUACCUCGCAAAGUCAAAAUCAAAGCCAAAGCCAAAGUCAAGGCUAUUCAUCAAAUACAGCGGUAGAUUGGGACGAGCUUUUGUUAACAGAGGUUGUCGAACCCAGCAAGCUAGUCCAUAUCCCUUCUUCGUACUCUGUUCAAGCCGCGUUUGAAACCUUGGUAAAAAAUGAUUUGACUAGUAUUCCUGUUUCGGUAUCAAAAGAUGAUCCAGACGACUUGAGAAACUGCUUAACAUUUGAUUAUAGUGACUUGAACACUUAUUUGUUGUUGAUCAUGAACAAGAUUGACUACAAUGAGUUGAACGUUGACGAGAUUGGCGAUGAGAAAACUAGCUUGCAAGAGAAACACGAUAUUGUAGUGCAAGCCAUUAACAAAGCCAAAAAGGGAGAAGAGGUCCCAGUUGAGUUUAUAAUUAAAUUACAUCCAAAAAACCCGUUUAUCAAGUUUACACAAACAGAUACCUUGUUCUCAGUAAUGGAAACCUUGGGUAAUGGAGUACAUCGAGUAGCCAUAACAAAUGAAGAGGGGACUAAGAUAACUGGUAUACUUUCACAAAGAAGAUUAAUCAAAUAUAUGUGGGAAAACGCUAGAAGAUUCCCGCUGUUGGAAUUUUACUUUCAAUCUACUUUGCAAGAUUUGAAAAUCGGCUCUAAUAAUCCAAUAACCAUAUAUGAGGAUCAGCCAGUACUAGAAGCAUUACACAAGAUGUUUAAUGAAAACGUAUCGUCAUUAGCAGUGAUUGAUAGGUCUAAGAACUUAAUUGGAAACAUAUCAAUUGUUGAUGUGCGCAACUUGACUAGUUCGAAAAAUAGUCACUUGUUAUACAAAUCGGUUUUAAAUUUUAUUAGCUACAAUUUAACGCAAAAAGGUAUUGAGGAAGGUCAAGAUCAAUUCCCGAUUUUCCAUGUAAAUAAUCAAAGUUCUUUAGGAAGAGUAAUUGCUAAAUUAGUUGCUACUCAAUCCCAUAGAUUAUGGGUUGUUGAUACUUCGAGAAAGGCCAGUUGUCAAAGUUCUCAAAGUUCACCUGCUCCUAAUAGUGGACUAAACAGUGGCGUUACCAUCCCAGGUGUCACACAACCUACAGAUGCGUCAAUUACAAACAAGGCAGCAGCUGCUGCAAGUGUUGAACCGUCGUCGUCGUCGUCGCCUAUGAGCAAUAAUCCGGCGGUAUCCUCCACUGCUACUUUAACAGCAAUAGCAACAACUUUAUCAUCAUCAUCAUCAUCACAUCAUAAUAGUAUUGCUUCGUCGUCCUCUUCUUCGUCGAGUGUAUGCGCAGUAGGAGCAGGAGUAGCAACCACUAGUACAGUACAACAAGAAACUGGAUACACAGGUGGAACAGGUAAAUUGAUUGGAGUAGUUACCUUGACUGACAUAUUGGGAUUAUUUGCCACUAUUAAAGGAAGAAGAACCAAUCCACAAUCAGCUAGGAAUCAAAGAAGAAGAAGCUCUACGUCAACUACAAGAUCGUCAAUUGAUAGUAUAGAGAAUACUUUAUCUGGUGGAAAUAUUAGUGGCAACUUAAAUAAUGGAGGAAAUGCACUUUCUCCGUCACAAACUACAUCUUUGUCAUCAUCAUCAUCAUCAUCGUUUCAAGCGCCAGUACAAUUACAGCAAGCGGGAAUUGGACCAAGAGGCAGCAGUAUUACUGAUUCAAAUAGUGAAAUUUUUCGGAAACAAUUUAUCAAACCUCAAGAAAAUGCGUUUUCUAAAGAGUGA